GAUUCUCCCUCCUUUCAAAGUGUUUUUCCACAAAUUCUUCCAGGAAAGCCCAAGGUGUACCAAGGUGUGAGGGUGAAGAUCACAGUCAAGGAGCUGCUGCAGCAGAGGAGAGCACGGCAAGCAGCCACCGGUUCAGCAGUUUCCUGGGGCAGCAGCAGCAGCAGCAGCAGCAUCCAGUUUGCAGAGUCCGUGUCUCCGCCUCACCCAGAACCUUUUGAAGCAGAGCCCAUCCCUCCUGUGCCCAGCUGCUGCCCGUCCUGGCAGUUUUCCAGCUGCCUCUCCUGCGAGGAAAGCCCUGGGUACCUGGAGCAGCUGAUUGAUUCCUGCCUCCAGUCAGAUGCAGCCUCUGAGCCAGCCCUCAGUGCCUUCCAGCCAUCCUCACACUACACCCCAGACACCUUCCAGCCAGCCCAGCUCUGCCCCAGCCUGGUGAGCUUUGGGACCACAGGUGUCCCCAGGGGGAAGGGGAGUCGCAUCCUGGGGCACAGCAGCAGCAAUGGGGGGAUCUGGCUGCUUUGGGGAGCCUGGGAUGCUCAGUGCUUUCCCAAAUGAACUGGGGGAGGCUGCAGGGUGGGGAAUGUCCCUUGUAGAGGUCCUGGAGGUCUGCUGCAAACAGCAGCACAGUUCCUGCUAGGGGUUGUCCCUACUAACAGAAACUUUGGGUUUAGACCUUCAGGACCUCCCUGAGAAAGGCAACAGCACAGGAAUGCUGGCUGGGGGCUACAUUUCC